AUGACGAAGCCGCCGCCGUCGUCCUCCUCGCAGCCCAACUCGUCCUCGAGGCCAUCCUCCGUGCUGCCAUACAAGACCCAGAAUCUCAAGGAGCUGUACCAGAUUGGGAAGAAGCUCGGGCAGGGCCAGUUCGGGACGACCUACCUCUGCGUGGAGAAAUCCACCGGCCUGCGGUACGCCUGCAAGACGAUCCCGAAGAGGAAGCUCCUGUGUAAGGAGGACUAUGAGGACGUCUACAGGGAAAUCCAGAUCAUGCACCAUCUGUCCGAGCACCCCAACGUGGUCCGCAUAAAGGGGGCCUACGAGGACCCCGUCUUCGUCCACCUGGUCAUGGAGCUCUGCGCCGGCGGCGAGCUCUUCGACCGGAUCGUCCAGAAGGGCCACUACACCGAGAGGAAGGCGGCGCAGCUGAUAAAGACCAUUGUGGGCGUGGUGGAGGCCUGCCAUUCCCUCGGGGUCAUGCACAGGGAUCUCAAGCCGGAGAACUUCCUGUUUCUCAACGAGGAUGAAGAUGCCGCCCUCAAGGCCACAGACUUUGGGCUCUCCGUCUUCUACAAGCCAGGUAACCCUUUGGGCAUUUCGCCAUUUUUUUCUGGGGAAAGAGGCCCGGCCGAGAGCUUGCAGACGCCGAUUUGAAGGUCCUCCCAUGCUCCUCGGCGGAGGCUUCCGAAGAUUUGAAGGGUUUUCUCUGCUCAUGAAGAAGGAUCUAUCAUCACGAAACUUUUUUCAGAAGAAGAAGAAGAUCUAGUAAUACCUGUAUUGCUUAUUGCCCAUUGUCUGACCCAUCUCGGGGAUCUAGGAGCAAACGGCGUCCAUGGCUGAGUGAUUGAAGAAAUAUGAACAUCUUCCUCGAGAAAUCCCUCUAGGCUUGAUUAAACUCUUCAUCCCGGAUCUCUAUCCCUUGCAAAAUCUUGAUCGAAUUGGAAAUGAGGCGAAGCCAGUUCACCUAAUCUUCCCAAUCUCUUGCAGGGGAUACAUUCUCAGAUGUGGUCGGGAGCCCCUACUACGUCGCCCCUGAGGUCCUGCGGAAAUAUUAUGGCCCUGAAGCUGACGUGUGGAGUGCUGGAGUCAUUCUGUACAUCCUGCUGAGCGGAGUCCCUCCCUUCUGGGCAGGUAUGCUUGAAGAUCCAAUCUUUGAUAGUUGCUAUAAAAACUCUUAUUUCCUUGGUGGUUGAUGGCCAUUGUUGUUUCUUUUUGUAGAAACUGAGUCGGGGAUCUUCAGGCAGAUCCUCCAGGGGGCACUGGACUUCGAAUCCGAGCCCUGGCCCUGCAUAUCCGAGAGCGCAAAGGAUCUGAUCCGCAACAUGCUUAACAGGAACCCUAGGAAAAGAUUCACUGCCCAUGAAGUUCUCUGUGAGUGAUUCUUCUGGCACAAUUAUAUGCUAGAAUUGUCUUCAUUUGGAUCACCUAAUUUUUUCUUUCACAAAUCAGUGGGUGAGGAUUUAAAAAUAAAAAUAAAAAGAAAAAUAAAAAUGGGCAUCUUUUUUUUUCAGGUCACCCAUGGAUCGUUGAUGACAAAGUCGCCCCUGAUAGGCCUCUGGAUUCUGCUGUUCUGUCACGGCUGAAGCAGUUCUCGGCAAUGAAUAAGCUCAAGAAGAUGGCUUUGCGAGUAAGGACUGCAGUAACCCAGAGAAACCUACUCACAUCCCUGUGAGGAACUAUACUAAUUUCAGAAAAUUUUGAGCUCAAGGAAUCUCUGAUCCGCCAUUAGUUCUUGUUCAUACCUGGGGAGCUCUAGGAAACGGUGACAUGGUAGUCUUAGGGAGAGGUGGAAUGGAUCAACGGGGAAGUUGAUGAUUCAUAUUCUUGUUAUUUUCGUCUGAUUGGAGGUGGGUUAGGAUGAUUCAGAGAGGAAACAAGUAUCUAUCUUGAUUAAGCAGACACUUCACUUCUCCUAGCCUGGAGGUCAAAAUUUCUUGUGGGUUGGACUAUAUCUUGCUAGAAUAGUUCCACAUUGGCAUAAUGCGAGCAUAUGAGUGGAUUAUGGAUUAAUUCUGAGGUCAAUGCCGCAUUUUAUACUUUAACUUGGUACCAUAGCCAAUGGUUGGUAUUAACCUUACAAAGCUCAGAAAGAAAAAAAUGUAACUUGUUAGAGUAGGCCCUGCAUUGGACAUAAUUAGAUACAAAUAUGUGACUAUUGUUAACUGUUCAUGAAACCAAAAAUAGAUCUACAUUGCAAAAAAUAGAUUGCAUCAUGUGGGCAGAUUAAAUUAUAUGUAUUAUUGAUUAAUUUUGAGUGUAGUCCCAAAACUUGGUGUGAGAUGUGGUGGCUGAUAUUAACCUACCAAAGCCCGGGAUUGUCGUGCAUUAGAAACAAUUAGAUAAAAAUGAGAAAUUAUGGUCAAUUGGAAGAAAAAAAAACAACCUCUGCUUCCUCUGAUUUUAUUCUGUUUUUGGAGCAAGUCAUAGGCCAAGAUCAUGCUACUCAACGGGGGAAUCUCCCUGUUCUUUCUCUGCAGGUUAUAGCAGAGAGACUGUCAGAGGAAGAGAUCGGGGGGCUGAAGGAGCUCUUCAAGAUGAUCGACACCGACAACAGUGGGACGAUCACCUUCGAUGAGCUCAAGAAUGGCCUAAGAAGGGUGGGCUCCGAGCUGAUGGAAUCAGAAAUCAGGGCUCUCAUGGAUGCGGUGAGUAAAGCAGUCGUCUUCUACAAUUAGAUACUUCUCCUGCCAUGGCAGUACAACCUACAAGCUCGCUGAUUCUUCAGAGAGAAAGAAAUUACCUCUACUUUUCUGAGCCCAUCAGAAAAUUUAGAUUCAUAAGAGGUGGGGAGAGGGCUAAUGAUUCUUUGGGGGAACCCUUUGGGCAGGCCGAUAUAGACAACAAUGGGACCAUAGACUAUGGGGAGUUCAUUGCUGCUACGGUCCACAUGAACAAGCUGGAGAGGGAGGAGAACUUGAUCUCGGCUUUCUCCUUCUUCGACAAGGACUCUAGCGGGUAUAUAACCAUUGACGAGCUCCAGCAGGCUUGUCGGGAUUUUGGCCUCAGUGAUGUCCACCUCGACGAGAUGAUCAGAGAAAUCGACCAAAACAAUGUAAGUUUUCUCUUGCCUUGUGAGGAAUUAUGUGUUUAUUUUUUGUCCCUCUCUAAACAGAAUCAUUUGCACGGUUCUUUAGUGUUUUCUUUGUUUAGUCCUGAAAAAACCCUUGAAUUAAGAAUAGCCCUUCUGUCAGAAAUUACAGAUGCACACAGAACUCUCUCUCUCUCUCUCUCUCUCUCUCUCUCUCUCUCUCUCUCUCUCUCUCGCUCUCUCUCUCUCUAAACAGCAUCAUUUGCACGGUCCAUAAGUGUUUUCUUUGUUUAAGUCCCAACAAAAUCCUUCCAUUGUGGAAUAGCCCCUCCAUUUUUUUCCUUGGACUGUUUGCCCUAGGAAAUCGCCAAGCUUCCAUUUUUGUUGACCUUCUGGCACAAUUAUGAUCAAUAAUCUUUUUCCAUGUUUGCCCUCAAUUUAAUGGAAGCUUGUCUUCAAACUCUCACCAAUUACCAAAUGCCAAUGUCAUUAUCUCAGUCUUCUCUCACUCCCUCCAUGGCACAAAACCCUUUCCACUGUCGGCCUCUCUCUCUCUUUCUCUUUAGUGGGUAUCAAGAUUUAAUUUUUCCUCUCUGGGAAUUCCUCUCACUGAAAUCUGCGGAUGGUUUUCUUCUCUCUUGGCAGGAUGGGCAGAUAGAUUACAGUGAGUUUGCAGCGAUGAUGAGAACAGGCAAUGGUGGAAUUGGGAGGAAGACCAUGAGGAACACCCUGAGAGUUAACCUGGGCGAUGCCCUGAGAGCCGCAGAGAAGUGA